AUGGCUACAAUCGAGGACAUUGAUCGUGCGAUUAAUACAUUCAAUCCGGACGACCAGACUGCCUUUGUGAUUAUAGCGAAGAAGCUUCUCAGAAACAGUCUGUCACCAACAUCCAUCCCAUCCGACCUCGAAGUGGUUCGAGAGUCCUUCGAGGCCUACGAGCGCAAUACCAGGWUCCAGCUCGAUCCUGAGGGCAAAGUCUGGCCGGGCCAUCGCUAUUAUGCCUCGGUUCGGAAUCAAGUAUAUGACGAAUCCCAAUCCAUUCUUGCAGUCACCAUGCUGCGAGUCAAGCUUGAGAUUUUGAGAGGACUCAUUGCGGCAGCGGCAUGUGCUGCACCCCGAGACCUAGCAGCACCCCGAGACCGAGCUGCCAGCCGUCGGUCUGCAUCCUUAGCAGCGAGUUUCAAUCUUCAGCCAGACAAAUCGCAAUUCCUCCCGCUAGCGGCGACACAGAAUCUUGGAUGGGAAGAUGGAUUCGGGAGCAGAGGCCAGCAUCCCAUUCGCAAAUCGUUCCGCGAAGAAGGGUCAUUUUCGCUCGACAACCAGAAAAUGAAGGACCCGUGUGCCGAGGUUACCGAGCGGGAGGAACAACACUGGAAGGACCUGGACAGUCGCAGGAACGAAAUGUUCCGUGAUUUAGCAGAGGAAAGGAAAGAAAAAUGCAAAACAUCUCAGACCAACCGGUGCCACCAGCUCUCAGUGACCCAUGCGGCGAGACUGGAGCGGCGGUGUCGCGAGAUUGAAGCUCAAGCGCGCAAAAAGCACGGACAGAUGAUUGAAGAGUAUGAAGAGAGGUUGCAGUUGCGCGAGUUUCUUGAGACGCAGGAGCGGUGGCGAUCAUUUCAGGCGCGUUUGAUGAAAUUGCAGAAUGGUCAUAAGGAGACGGUGUUUGAGGCAUUUCUCAACGAUCCAGUUUGA